UAAUAGGAAUACGAAAAUUAAUAUAAGUACAAUGGCUACCACGGCUCUACAGUUCACCAGCGCUGAUGGCUCCACACGGAGACAGUGUAGAGUGCUGACAGUGCACCUAGGCCAGGGCAAGGAACAGGAGCAGCUACAGCCAUGGAGAUGUGAGGAUGUGCUGCACGCUGCUGCUGGGCUGUGCAGUGUGUGCUUGCCUGACAUGGAGAUCUCUGUUAUAUACAACACUCUCACUACUACCAAUACCAUCAUUGCACUCAGCACUCCACAAGAUGCUCUUGCUCAUCGAAGCGUUGUCAAAAGAAGACCUCACAAAGUCAGCAGUGCAUCACCUGAUAUAGAGACCCAGGACGCUGGUAACGAUGUUGCUGAUGAUGAAGAUAAUUGUUUUGCGGAUCUGUUUAGUGGAGAGGAAUCUGAAGAGUCUGAGAGUGAGGUCCAGGCUGAUGUGUGGGAGGAUGGGAGAGGGAGGUUCUUGAAGGAAGCGAGGCACAGAGCUACACUGGAUAAUGAUAUUGAGUGUAUUGGACCUGAGCAUUGUGUACUAGGCUGUGCUUCCAUUCUCAGCCUAACCAAGAGUAGCAAGGCUGUACAAGUGACACUACUAGCCGUCAGGAAGAGCUGUAGAAAACUAGGAAUAGGGAGACAUCUCAUGCAGAUGUGUAAGGACCCUGAAGUGGUGGGCUUGUAUGAUGCUCUGCUCACAUUUGCUGAUCCUAAAGCUGAGAGAUUCUUCCAACGUCAUGGUUUCAGUGAUGAUCCAUUAUUGACAGCCAAGUAUCGUGCAGUGGUAGAUCACUGGGAGAACAGUUCCCUGAUGGUCUACAUCCCUCCCUUCUCCAGUACUGGCCUGGCAGUCGGCUCUCUCAAGUCUCUGGUCAACUUCCAAGAGAGCUACAAGAACUGGAGGGACUCUGCUCUGACCAGCUACAGUAAUCAGCUGUGUGUUAUGGAGAGACUGAGACAUGAGUUACUCAUACUACACAACAAGGUUGAGUCUCAAGAGGAGGUGAUUGGAGAGUUGGCUAGUCAGUUGAGGGCAUCACAAAACAAGAGCUCCACUCUGGAGAAGGAGUUCACAGAGUACAGGGCACACACACAGAAGCUGUUGUGUUCAGCUGCAGUGGACAAUGCUGAGAAGUGGAUACAGAGCACCAACUGAACUAUAGCUAAUAGAGUGCCAUCUCGUGUAUAUAAUUAUGCCAAUAAUAAUGAUUUAUAACAUUUAAUUUUUAACG